AUGCUUCCUUCUUUCAACUUCAAGAGCCGAGAUGCCUCUAUGGCUUCCACCGACAAGCGCACUCCUUUCUCUCCCAUUGGCAGCACUUCUGGAUCUCGUCUGGCUCACAGGCAAUCCUCUGGCGCUACCGAGCAGAAGGCUCGUCCUCAAGCCUGGGUUGACACUCCUCAGCUCAUCUACUCUGAGUGGAACAAGGCUGCCGGUGAUAUCAACCAGCCUCUCGGCACUCUGCCGUCGAACUUCUCUAUUUGUCUCGUCGGAGCCGGAAUCACCAACGUAGUUCUGGCCUUCAACCUGGCCAAGGCGGGCGCUGAUGUCACCUUGAUUGAGGCAACUGAGAGCGUCGGAGGCCGUCUGCGCUCCCUCCCUACGGCUGACGGGGUCAACGUUGCAGAGAUGGGUGCCAUGCGCUUCCCUCCCUCGGAAGAUCUUCUUUACUACUACGCCAACGAAUUCAACUUCACCUUCAUUCAGAACUUCCCCGACCCCGGAAAGGUUCCGACCGUUGUCUUCUACAAGGACAUAGCUACUACUUGGACCGACUCUAACACGGCUCCCACCGGUUUUGAGAGAGUCAAGAACGGCUGGAUUCAGCUCAUCUCAGAGGGUUUGACAGGCGGCAGUAGCUCUUUGGCCGCAGGAAGUCAGCUUACGACCUGGCUCAGCUCCAACGACACAGCCACUCGUAACCUUGCAGUUCCAGAGUGGCAGAAGUACCUGGACACUUUCGGCGAUGACAGCUUCUACACUGGCCUGCGUCGCAUUUUCGGCGAUGGCCACGAAUGGGACGUUCCGGGCGGCGAAGUCUGGACCGAGGAUGACUUUCAGCGCUUCGGCACCCUGGGCAUUGGUUCUGGUGGCUUUGGCGCUGUCUACUCUGCCGGCUUCAACUCCGUGUUCCGCCUAGUCGUCAACGGCCUUGAGUCAGACCAAGCUGUUUUUGCCAAGGUCACUGACUCCGGCCUGCAGCCUGCCGGUAUUCGGGAUCUUGCACAAACAAUCUGGGAAAAGGCCACUGAGCUGGGUGUCAAGACCAAGUUCUCGACUGUUGCCGAGGUCACUAGUGGUGGCGGCGAUCCUCUCAGCGGUCUUGCUGUCGGUGUUAGAGAGACUUCUGGAGGCGUUUCCACAAAUGUUGACUAUGACCUUGUCGUCGUCGGAACUAGCAACCGGGCUAUGAACUACGCUUUCACUCCGGUCUCGGAGACCACUGAGGACCCCAUCAUGCCAACAGAAGUUCAGAGAGCCAUAAACGAUCUUCACAUGACCGCCUCGUCCAAGCUCUUCAUCCGAACCAAGAAGUUCUGGGAAACUCAGGGGGCUGAUUUCCCACGAGUCAUUCUUUCGGACACGAACUUGCCCCAGACCUACACUUUGGACUACGGACACCCCGACUACGGCAUGGUCCUCGUCACUUAUGCCUGGGAGGAUCUUUCCCUACAGAUGACGGCGAUUACGGAUCCCAAGGAGCUUCUCACGGAGUUGAAGACCCAGAUCGACAGAAUCAUGCAAGAGUCCCAGUUCCCCGAGUAUGCUAGUUUCCUGGAACCUGUCACUGAUGACGAUAUUUACCUCAUUCACUGGCCACUUGACCGCUACUCGUACGGCGCUUUCUCUCUGGGAUUCCCUGGUCAAGAUGUUAGCAUCGAGUCUCUUUUCUACGAUUGGGAGAGAAUUAACCGGACCCAGACUACGCAGGUUCUCAUCAACAGCGACUGCACUUCUUUCCUUGGCGGGUGGGUGGACGGUGGUCUUCAGCCGGCUCACAACACACUCUCAGCAGUGUUGGAAAAGUUUGGAACCUUGAACUCUGCGGCAGCUCAUCUGGCUCCUUCUGCACUCCUUGGCUCUGGCUUGUACAAGUAUUAG